CUCUCUCCUUGCCGAGUAUAAAGGGAGGGACCGGCGUCAGGGGGAGCUCAGUGUGAUAGUGACAAGCUGGGAGAGCGUUUAUCGACUUGUUUCUGGAAGAUUGCCCCAACACGAUGCAUCUGGCCACAAUUUUACUGCUGCUGGGGACUGUGGGAAUCUCCUGCACCUCGGCCCUCGAGGAGCCGAAGGAGGAGCAGCCCAUUGAGCACGUGAGCUGCCGGUACUGGUGCGUCUACGGCCGUCCCUACUGCUGCGACGACGGCUCCCUCCCGCUUCCGGAAGACCAUGAGGAGCACAAGACCCUGGCCUGCCCCCCAGUGGACCAGCACAUAUGUAAGAGCUCCGGCAUCUACCUCAACAACACCACCCUGGCUCUGAUCCUGGCUAAGGGCGACCCCAAGGACCUGUUGUGCCUCCGACGGCUACUGCGGCGAGAAGGAGAGUGCUGCCCGAGCCCUGCGUCAAGAGGCACAUCUGCAUGUACCAGGGUCACUGACUUUGUUUCUGCCUAUGAUACAGUAAUCUCUGUGGAGUCCUUGGAGGUUCUGGUGAUCGCUCUCGAGACGUGCACGAAGAGGCAAAGCCCUUGGGACUUCCGGUCUUCUAGGCCAAGACCAAGACCCAAAAACACUGAAGAAGACCUAGGACCCAAGAAGCAAUACACAUAUCACAAAGGAAUUACAGACCCUGCAUCACAGGACCACACUUGGUCACCCAGCACCUGCACACCCCAGCGAUGA